AUGAUCUCAAAACAUAUCAUAAACGAUCCUAAAACCCUUGUUGAAGAGAGUAUUCAAGGACUCUGCUAUUCUAACCCUCAUUUACGAUGGGUGCCUGAAGAAAAAGUUGUAGUUUGUGCAGAUGUCGAGUCUAUUGCCCAGAAGCAAGUGACACUUAUUGCAGGUGGCGGCUCGGGGCAUGAACCAGGUUAUGCAGGUUACGUGGGCCAUGGUAUGCUGGCAGGAGCAGUUUGUGGCCACGUCUUCGCCUCACCUUCUGCCAGCCAGAUAACCUCUGUCAUUGAUCGUGUACAAUCACCACAUGGAACUUUGGUAGUCGUAAUGAACUACACAGGCGAUUGUCUAAACUUCGGUCUCGCCGUGGAAAGGGCGAAAGCUCGUGGUGUGAAGGUGGAGAUGCUAAUUAUUGGCGAUGAUAUCUCUGUUGGCCGAAGUAGCAAAGUUGGUCGCCGAGGUAUGGUAGCCACAGUGCUCGCUAUCAAAGCGGCAGGGGCUCUAGCUAGUCAAGGAGCAUCACUCGCGGAGGUACGGCAAACAGCAGAAUACGUUAACCAUCAUGCUGCAACUCUUGGUGUCGCACUUGAUCAUUGCCAUGUCCCAGAAGGAAGUAAAACAGAGCGUCUCCCUGACAAUGAGAUCGAGCUUGGUAUGGGCAUUCAUAAUGAGCCUGGAUGCUUGAAAGCCAAAACAUUGUCUGCAAAGGACCUAGUGGACAAAAUGAUUGGAUUACUGGUUGAUCAAAAUGACAGAGAGCGAUCUUUUUUGCGCCUACAACAAGACAAGGCCACACCAAUUGCACUUGUAGUCAACAAUUUAGGCGGCAUAUCUAACCUGGAAAUGAAUCUAAUGGUGAAAGAAGUCGUAGAAGCUUUGAACAAGCACCCCAAUCUUGAUAUUCAGCGUCUUUAUGCCGGUGAAUUUCUGACUAGUCUCAAUAUGCCAGGAGUAUCGAUCACAAUUUUAGUAUCUCAUGGAGAGAGUGGAGAACGCUUCAUGAGCUUGUUGGAUGAGCCUGCUCAAGUUGCUUACUGGCCUUACUCCUCUAAGUCGGCCUUACUCUCAAGGGAUACUAUGAUCCCUUCCAAGAGCCGCCCUACUGACCAAAAGCAGCCAUUGGUUACUAGAGAUACCGAUCCUGAAGUCAGCAAGAAACUUGAAAGUGCUAUUCGUGCAGCGGCUGAAGCUGUUAUCAGUGCUGAACCAGAAAUCACGCGGUGCGAUACGGUCCUUGGUGACGGUGACUGUGGUACUGCAUUGAAGGCCGCUGCCCGUGCUAUUCUCCUUACGAUGUCUGAGCUUCCGCUACAGUCUGCCUCACAGACCAUCAUCAAGAUUGGAGAAAUCAUUGAGAACUCCAUCGGUGGGACGUCCUCAGCUAUUUACUGUAUCUACUUGAAUGCUCUCGGUGCUAGCUUAGCCGAAUAUGGUAGUACAAGCAGGGUAUCUUGGUCGAAAGCGGCAUCACGUGCAUUGAUCUCUCUGCAAUCCUAUACGGCAGCGCGCAUUGGAGACCGUACUCUGAUGGAUGUCUUGAUUCCGUUUGUUGAAACGCUUAGCCAAGAAGGUGAUAUCAGAUCGGCUGUAGAUGCGGCUCGUCAAGGUUGUGAAGCAACGCAUGGGAUGAGAGCACGUAUGGGUCGGUCAUCUUAUCUCGCUGAAGAGGAAGUCAGGAAUGCGAAUUUACCUGACGCUGGUGCGUUAGGCUUAGCAGCUUUACUACGAGGAAUUGAAUAUGGGGUGACUCAUUGA